AUGAGCUCAAAGGAUAACUUGGCCCUGGAUCUGGAGCACGGCGUGCGACGCUGGGAUCGCGCUCGCUGGAUAUCCGUCUUCAGCUCGCAUAACCCGACUAUACGCGAGGUGACGGAAUGCUUGGGCCUGGGCUUAUCGGCGUCUUCGUCCACGACCAACCGCGGCAUUCCGAAAUUCGACAACCCAGACUACCGCAAGCUCUCGAGUGAGGUGACGAAGCUGUCCAAGGAAUUGCCAAAAGAAAGAGAUUUGUUGCUGGAUUUCGCGGCGGAUCCGAGUUCCCUGAACCAGGAGCUCGAGGACCUGCUAGCGAGUUACGGACCCGCUAUUUGGGGCAGGGAUGCGGAUCGCAGCUGUUUACUCACGCCGGAUGCGACCAAGAAGACGUAUAACAAAGAUCUGUUUUACGAGGAGCCGGAGCAUAAGGAUAUUCUCAAGAUUCAUCUGCAUCGGUGGAUCAUCAUCAAAGCUUGCUACUACAUUCGCAACAUGAAGUUGAAGAGACCAUCGGGUGCGAAUGAGUAUGAUCAGCUUGCCGAUAUCGACGCCGAAGGUCUUUCACCACAUGGGACGCCACAGUCACUCACCCCACCUGAUCCGGAUACUGUUGCAGGUGCUGAUCUAGACGUUAAACCUAUUAAUCUGAAGAAGCGCAAGAGCAAUGCUCACCUCACCAUGUCCGACGAUGAAGAUCCUGAGGCUUCGCCUAUCAAAAGGCCGUACAGCACUAUGCCUGUGAGCCGAAAGGGCAGCCCAAGGAAGUGCAUCGACCCCCUCCCGGUAUUGGACAUCGUCACAGCAACAGUUAUACGAGCCCAUAUGAGCCGUCUUCACGCAGUGCUGCCAUGGCUCGAUCUGCUACGGAAACUCCUCGUUCUGCACCGCCAGCCACCCCUACACCAGCUUCGAAUCAAGGAUUUCAAGCAGUGA